AUGGUUCAGGGCAGGGUGCUGGUCGUCGCCGGCUCCGAUCCCUCUGGCGGGGCAGGACUAGAGGCGGACCAAAAGGUGCUGGCGGCGCAUCAGUGCUACGCCAUGACGGCGACGACGGCGCUCACGGUGCAAAAUACAAAGGGCGUCUUGGGCGUGCAUGUUGUGCCGGCUGAGUUUGUGGGGAGGCAGAUUGAUGCCGUGGUGGAGGACAUUGGCGUGGAUGUCGUCAAGACGGGCAUGCUAGGGUCCGUGGAGACGAUUGAUGUCUUGUCAGACAUGAUUGAAAAGCACAACCUUACCACUGUCGUCGUCGACCCUGUACGUUGA